AUGUCCAACCGUUCCUGGCCACCCCUACCUCCGAAGAACGAGUCCGAGGCGGAGAAAGCAGCUCGGCUAACCGCGGAGAAGGAGGCGAAGAGGAUCAGCGAUGAGAUCGACCGCGCUCUCGAGCAGGAGCGGCAGGAGCUCCGGAAACGCCGCCCGCAGACCAGGAUUCUCUUGCUAGGCAUGUUACCCUUUUUCCGGCAAGCGGAGUCGGGCAAGUCGACCAUGAUUAAGAACUUCCAGCUCUACUUCUGCCCCUCCUCCUUCCAUGCCGAAACAGAGGCAUGGCGCGCAGUUAUCCAUCUCAAUCUCGCCCGCUUCGUCAACUACCUCCUCUACGUCCUGUCCAACACCAACACCGGCCCCACCCGGGACUACCGCAUGUUCCAGAUGCGCCUUUCGCCGCUCAAGCAAGUUGAGCUCAUUGUCACACGGUGCCUCUCUGCGGAGAGCUCUCCGAUCGCCACCCCGACGGAGGACAAACCGGUGUUGCGCAGUGAGAGCGCGACAGAGGUAUCAAUUCGUGGCGGCACCGGCUGGAAGUCAUUCCUGCGUCGGCGCCGCGGGUCGCAGUCAAAGGUCUUGGCGAACGUGGACGAUCUUGAAGAUGCUCGCCGAAUAUUGGACGCGUGCAAGGAGGACAUCGUCGCGCUAUGGAAGAGUCCUGCGAUCCGCGCUCUGGAACAAGAAGGCGUGGACCUCCAUCAUCAUGCGCGGUAUUUCGUCGAACACGCUGAUCGUGUCGCGGACAUCAAGUACACUCCAACGACAGAUGACAUCCUCCGUGCACGGCUACGCACGGUGGGCGUGGAGGAGUACCGGAUGACAAUGGAGACUGCUGCUGAGAAAGGUGCAGAGUGGGUCUUUUACGACGUCGGUGGUCAGCGCAGCCAAAGGGCUUCGUGGGCGUCGUACUUCGAAGAUGUAAAUGCAAUGAUGUUCCUGUGCCCCAUGAGUGGCUUCAACCAACGACUGUCGGAGGAUAAGUCUGUAAAUAGACUAUACGACUCGAUGGAGCUCUGGGAGACCGUCUGUCGCAACAAGCUCCUCGGCAAGGCCACUUUCAUCCUACUGCUCAACAAGGCGGAUCUGCUGCGCUCGAAGCUCAAAGCAGGUGUCCAAUUUAGUGACUAUAUCAUGAACUACGACCGCGAGCAGCCUAACACAGUCGAAGAGGUCUCAAAUUACAUCCGGAAAGAGAUGACGGACGUCCACCGUGUAUACUCUCCACGCAAGCGACAGCUGCAUGUACACCUCACCUGUGCCAUUGUACGUGACUGCUCGAUGAGCGCAUGUUUGCAGGGAAACUGA